AUGGACCUGCUAAUAAGGCUCCUCGUUCUUUCCCUCGCUCUGGCACCGGUGCCGAUCUCCUGCUCUCCGGCCGAACUGCCCGAACCGCCAGCACCCGCCGCAGUCAACGUCCCACUCACCUCAGCACCACCACCGGCGGCGGUUGUCGAACGGCGCGAGGCACUCGAUAUCGGCCCCCCUCCUCCUCCUCCUGGCAACAUUGACUUCCAACCGGUGCCACCAUCCAACAAGGGAUGCACGACAACCGUGACCGAAACCUACGGGUUCCCGUGCGAGUGGAACGGGACCUUGACCACGUACCCGGCCGGGACUACCACCCAGUUCCGGCAGGUCAACUGCAACGGCUGCGAUGCCGUCUAUGUGAGCAAGAGCUGGUACUACUGCCCCAACCAGAAGAUCAACGCGACCCGGGCCAUGGACGUGCCGAGCACCUACUGGAGCACGAUAUGUCGACCGUCGACGGCGGCGGCUUUGAGGGAUCGGGAUCCGCAGCAGCAGCAGCAGCAGCAGACGGCCGCGCGGCCCACGGCAGUUCCUGAGUCUGGCGCUUAUCAGACUGCGAUGGUGCCUGGCCCCGACCGCCCGGUGGUGGUGGCUGCUCUCCCGACGCCGAGCGCUUGA